AUGGGGACGCCUCCCAUUCAGGUGAAAUUGUUAAAGGAUAACAUUCUUUUGGCAAGUGAUAUAGGCACAGUAUAUUCUCGAUGGAAUGAAACGGCCACGUACACAUGCUUCGCAAAUAACUCACUUGGUACAGAUUCUAGAAAUUUCCAAGUUACUCUAUUAGGUAAGUAUAGUACUGGUUCUUAUUGGACAAAUACAGUUAUUUACCGCAAUAACACCUAAAUUUACACAAUCCUCAAGGCGGAGUUCUCGUUAAGUACAAACCAGUCCAUUGAUCCAUUUCAUUGUGAUUUUUUUAAGCAUUGUAAUGUAAAGCGGAUUAGAUCAUAUACCAAUGUAUUUUGCGAUAUAUAAAUAAUAAAAAAGUUAUUAUUAUUGUUAUUGUUAUUAUCAGUUAGUUGAAACUAUAAUCUUUUGAUAGAAAUUAGAGUGAACCGGUAACCAAUGAAAAAUAAGCUGGCGUCUGAGCCCAGAAUACGAUUAUUUCCCUGUUUAAACCAGUUGUGUAAGAGCUGCAGUUUUAACAGCUUCCAUUUUAUGGAGAAAUAAUAAAAGACCGGUUAUCAAGGUGAGAAUGGUAUAUUUUAGAAGAUAUUCAUUCGCUUAUUGCUACAGUUCUGUUUCUUGUGGUCAAAAGAUGACCACACCUAUUAGGCGGCGGUUAAGCUGGCGGUCAUCAGCAUUUAACAUUGCUAUGCGAUAUAUAACCAAAAUGAACUGCAAGGUAUAUGAAUAAAUGAAAUAAGGUACAAAAGCGGAAGGAGGGAUUGUGUUACUGUGUGACAGUUACGUCAUCAUUAAGUUCUUGAGUAUAAAUCUGUUCCUGUGGGGGCAUGAACUUACCAAUUCGUUGCGUUUGUUAAGGCUACAUAGUUCUUUUUUUUUUACAGUAGAUUAUGAAAAAAUUUUCACUCAGACAGAGGUUACAUUUUAUGCUAAUAUUAUUGUAUAGUUUGCAUCUUCUUAGUAUUCUUUAUUUUAGGUUGGAGGGUUUCUUUGCGUUUUUGAGAGUACAAAUGUGCUUGGAUAGCUCAGUCUAGUUUCUUUUCUUGUGGUUUCGGAAGGGUGUUACAUGAUUUCUAUAUCGUUCUUUGACGUUAGUUGCCGGUUGUGUCAGUCGCUUGUUAUACAAUGUGGUUUGUAGGGCAUUGGUCUUUCUUUCUGCAGUUGCAUUUUUUCACGGGUUACGCGGCUGAUGUUGACGUGCAAUGGGAGAAGACUGCAGCUGUUUUGUUAUGUGACACUAUGAUGGAUAGGAAUAGCUGAGUUAAGGCGUGUGUCUGUUAAAGAUCUUUUGAAGAGGAUGGUUUCUUGGAAAACAUUUGUCCAUGAUGUUGAGGAAUUUUCUUCCUAAGUUGGUUUUGACACUUCCAAGGAGGGUUGUAACAUGUGAGGCGGCGAGCUUUCUUUCAGUUUCGUGUAUUAAUUCGGUUGUUCAGAGGUGAGUUUGACAUCGUAUCUGCUUUCGUCCAGUGCUUUUUGUUAAGGGAGAAUAGUUUACUAUAUUCUACGCAGAUAGAUUUGUGGGCAAUAUUCUACGCAAAAUACAGCCAAAGUCAAUAGCGACAAGUGUAAGGAGGUCAGGAUAUCGUUUGUAAAGGAUGAGCCCCAGUUUACUGUAGUAGUUGGUAAUGAGCUACAGAGAGUGACUGGUGCUAAACUUCUAGGUCUGACCAUAUCGAGCGACCCUACGUGGAACUAACAUAUUAGUGACAUAAUGAAGAAAGCGUCAAACCGUCUGUAUUUUUUAGUGCAGUUAAAGAGAUCAAGAGUUCCUCGGCAGGAUAUGUCCACUUUUUACACUGCUUGUAUACGGUCUGUUGUUACAUAUACGCAGCACCUGCCUUUUUUAUGCCCUACCUAAAAAACGAACUGGUGCGAGUUGAAAAGCGGGCAAUGUCUAUAAUAUGCCCAGAACUGCCCUACCAGAAGGCUAUCGAACUGGUGAACAUUGUCCCUAUUGUAGAUUUCAUCAAGGGGCUAUGUCUGAACACCGUCUAAGCAGUUUAAUACCUUCUGGUGGACCGUCAAGUUGUGCUCUAAGGUGAAACAGGCCCUUGAUUGUACCUAAAUGCAAGACAGAUCGUUUUAGGAAUUAGGAAAAUCUAGCUUCGUUGAAAACCUGUUGGGUGAAUGAAACGCUUGAUAAUCUCUUGUUGAUAUUUUCAGGAAUGUUUUUCAGUAAGGCUAGGGCCAUCGACGUAGAGUAGUUAGUUAUUUGGUUUCAUGAAGGGCUUAAUGCUUCGGUUUGGUAGAUCAGAGGUUACGUCUAAGAAGUUUACAAUUCUCUUGUUCGCCUAGCAACAAUCUAGGCAAACGCGAGAGAGCAGUCUUUGUUACGAAAAAUUGCAUUGCGUGACUAGCGUGACUUUCUAGAAGGUUCGCGAGAGUUCAUAGUUUGUUUAUUUUAGGAUUUUGUGCAAGCGUUUCUAAAGCGGUAUAUUUUGUAAUCUUUCUAUAAUUAGACUAUUUAGAAAGUUCUAGAAUGUUAGUGUGGAAGUAUAUAAGUAGGCGAGUCCGAGUUAAGUUUUAACUAGUUUUCACAAGCGAAGAGAGUUUGACUUUAGUCGUGUUUAGUCAAGUGUGACGAAAGCAGUGUUUAUUCAAGUUGGCGGAGGCCGUGUAAGUUUAUCAAGUUAAUUGAAGUUGGCGGAGGCCGUGUAAGUUUAUCGUGUUACGUGCUGUUAUGGAUCGAGUUUUACUUCGUGGAAACUACGUUCAUUUUUGGAAUAAAUCUUCUUGUUGCUGUUCCGACAACCCUGCGUUCAGUUUAGUUUCAAAGCUACCCGUCCUCUUAAAGAUUACCCGCGUAACAGUCUUGAACAAGCUAAGUAAUAAUAAUGAUAUAAUUCUAAAACCAGCCGACAAGAGAGGAGCCACAGCAAUUCUGAACACAUGUGACUACAUAGUAGAAGGAAAGCGUCAGCUAAGCAACGAGGAAUAUUAUGGACAGAACCAGCAGACUACUUAUCCCUGGUCAAAAAAAACGUGAUAAAAGCACACAGUAAUAUUUAGGGAGUUAUUAUACCUCCAAAAAUGGAGUAAAAAUUUUAAAUACAGGAUUUAACUCCAAAUUUAGGGUCAUUUUUACUCCUGAAAAAGGGUUCUUUCAACUCCCAGUCUGGAGUUAAAAUAACUCCCCCCAAAAAUAACUCCGCUGCAAGGAGAUACAUUAACCACACUACAGGAGUUAUUGUAACUCCUUGAAAAUUAAUGUGACCACAAAGAGGCGAACCAACAUGUAACUAACAGCAUCACCUCUACCGACAAAAAAUCGCACAAGAUCUUUCACUAGAUGAUCGCAUCGAAAGUUCAACUAAACGGGACGCAUUCACAACAUUAAAAGAAAAUAAACCAGUCUUCAUGAACAACCCAUGCAUCCUGCAGACUUAUUAACCCUCUAAGAUCAGAAAUAGGGAUCAUUAGCAAAAAAUCCUAGACAAUAUUAUUAAAAAAUUAUAGCAGCUAUUAAAGUUAAUCUAUGGAAAAGUACGUCACAAGCAAUCGAAUAGUUCCAAACCCUCCCCAAUUUUCCAAGUUCUCCUAACCCCUAGUGUUUCUUUGAAUCUCUGACAAAUAAGAGAAAUUUUCCUCACGAUAAAAGCCAAUGUCUGUGUACUAUACCGCUCCUCAACAACCGCGGAAACCUCAGUCAUCAGUAUUUACAUUAUGGUUCUUGUCAUCUUUUACCAAGGGGAAGCGGCUGGGGAGAAUUUGUUCCAGGCAACAUGACAUUAUCAAAUACCGCGACACUUUUUAAAACCUCGACAAGAACGUUUUAUACCUGCCAUAUAAGAAUGAAAUACAAAUUCAAACUCAAAAAGGCUUACUAAUAUUUUAUUCAAACUUUUUAACAAGCCUGUUACACCCCAAUUUUUUUAAUUUUUCCAUUCGAAUGAAGUUUACCUUAAGUGUGACCUUUUAUCUUUUGUUGUAAAUAUCACGUCAACUGAGUGAGGUAUAAAAGCCGUUUCUUGCCUUCUUCAUAGAAACAUAUUCGUAGGUUUGUGUUUGGAAUCUGAAAUAUCAAGGUAGACCUUUCCUGUAAAAGGUGUUUUAUCCCCACUUUAAUUGCCACUUUUGCGAUUUUUAUAUUUCAUUUUAGCUUAUUUUCGCAUUUGUUUAAUCGGUGGUUUAGUAGGUUGUCUUCGAUUUCUCCUAGUUGAUUUAUAUUUUAUCCACCAAUUAUGAUAAGUGGAUUUUGAGUUGUUUAAAGGUACCUGAAUGCUGUCGUAUUCAGACUUACUUUUCGCGUUUUGAACGGCACCCAACAACAGCGCGAUCUUCAAAAGUCGCUAUUUUCGGUCUGUGAAUGGGUCCAAAUUCUGCCUUCAGAUGGCACAAGUCGUUUUGGAGUGUGACAAAAAAAGAAAAGUAAGAAAUCUGACAAACUAACCCGGUUUUAUUAUAUGUAUACCAAUACUUUUUGUCCACGGAAUAUAAAGGUAAACUUCCUUUGCCCUCAAAUGGGCAAAAGAAGUAGGUAAAUACUCUUGAUGAUUGCGACUCUGACUCUGAAGUUAUGUUCAAUGCAGAAGACAAAGACUGGGUUGAAACUGUCAAUUUUGGAAGCAUUCAAGAGGUCUUUAAACUAGAUAACGGGGCCCAGUACAAUGUCUUGGCCAAAGUUGCAUAUGACAAAAUUACAACAAAGCAUUUGGAACCAUCCUUGGCAAGAUUAGAAAGUUGCUCCAAAACUUGUAUUAGACCUGUUGGAAAGGUGAGUUGCCUUGUUGGGUGCGUGGGGAAAGGUAUCAAGUAUGUUUUCAAGUGUUUGAUUGAAAUUACAUGCCCCUCCUGGGUAGAUCAUCCUGUAAGAAUAUGGGUCUAAUCCAGGGUAUAAAUGCUAUUGAAAGUGGCAGCGAUCUUGAUGAGUUCCCUGAAGUAUUCCAAGAUCUUGGGUGCCUCCCAGGGAAAUAUUACGUAAGUGUUGACCCCUCUGCUCCUCCUGUGGUUGGUCCACCUAGGCGAGUUCCUCACUCUAAGCGAGACCCACUGAAGAAAGAGUUAGAUCGGAUGGAGGAUGUUGGUAUUACAGAGACAGCUCUAUUCGUAUAUGGUUGGAUCUAAUAGACGUUAAUGGUGCCAUAAAAGAAAAACACUACCAGGAACCACAGUGUUUUCAACUUUGGAUGCAGAAAAGACAGUCUACCAAAUCUAGUAAGAUGAGGAGAGCAGCAAAGACCUGACAUUUAAUAUCCUCUUUGGGAGGUAUAGAUACCUGAGGAUGCCGAUGGGGAUUACGUCUGGUCCGAAGGUUUACCAACAAAGAAUGGAGCAAGUCUUUGAAGGACUGCCAGGGCUGUUUUUCUGCGUAGCAAAGAUGACAGUCUCAGAUUGAAGAAGUCAAAGUGCCAUAUACAGCAGGAAGAGGUCAAGUUCCAUGGCCAUGUGUUCUCCCAUGACGGUUUCAAGACAGACACAGAAAAAGGCAAAGCCAUAGUUUUCUUUACAUCAUUUCCGUUCUUUGUUAACAGCGUUACUGCAGGACUUGUAUACCGACCGUAUUUGUUGGAAUAAAAGGCGUGCUGGUGCAGUUGUAUUAGCUACUUCGACUUCAUUGACAGAACUCCAGGGCGCAUCCUUAGGUUAGGCUUCAUUAACCUGAGAUCAGGCGUUUUUUUAUUUAUUUAUUUAUUUUUGCUUUAUUGCUUCUUUGGCUCGAUGGGGAAAAAAUAACGCCAAAUACAUAUAUUGAACAAGCCGUCAACCGCUCUCUAAUUUACAUAAUCUAACGUCUGCUUGACCUGUCAUGUUAUUAGCCAAUCAGCGUUUACAAGACGGGAAUCAAAUUUUAGCGCGAAUAAUGUCUCUUUUGAAAUCAACUUUAGGGAAAUGAGAACUUUUAAGUACGUCGAUGUUCAUAUGGGGCUUCCUAAAAAAAUUUUUAAAUGUGUUGUUUUUCUUAUGAAAUACCGCUUGCUGGAGCUGCCGUACCUUUAUUUAACAGCUACAAAUAAAAAAGAGUUUACUGGCAAAAACUCGUUGAAUUCGUUCUGUGCCGAAAGCAGUGAAAAAAAAAAUUAGGCUGAAGCACCUUAUUUCACGAACUGAAAGGUGUUGUGCAAGCGAAGAUCGCUCAGAAUAAUUUGCAGGCUUCUGAAGGAGGAAUUACAAUCAAACCUGGUCAAGAUUCCAUUCAUGAAUUGAUUAUUUAAAAAGUGAACCCGUUUGUCGCUUCUGUAACUUGUAGCCGGUAUCAAAUUGCAUUCAAAUGAUCGGUGAAUUUUUGACAGCAACUUUUUAGUAUACGAUGAGAUGGAAAAUAUUUCAAUGGAUGAAAUUUCUAUUUAGGCAUUCUUCAAAUUCAAGAAAACUGAGCCGGCAGAAAUUUCAAAAGGAACCUCGUGUGUGUAUUCACUGCUCAUUUCGCAAGCAAAAAUGCAGACUGAAAUCAACAACAACUAACGAAUGUCGACAUUUUGGCCAAUCGGAACAGCACUAAUCAUCCAUAUUGUUUCCUAUCCAAUCACAAAAAAGUCCAGAUUCUGGCUUUUUUACAAGUGAUACGACAAAGAAAUGUAUCAUGCCCUCUUCCCGUGAGAGACACAAAGGGAUAAUAGGGAGAGGGCAUGACCUCAGGCUAAGGCUUCAUUGACCUUUCUGGCAUGAUAUUGCUCAUGCCGGUUUCUACCAGAUUACUGCAUUGGAGUUUUUCCUCACCAAUGAGUUGGUUGAUGACGCAUUGCCAGUCAAUAGUAGCAAAGCACCACCUGAGGCGCGCCUUGUUGGUGUCUCUUAUAUCUCUAAUUGGAUGGUUUUCUUAAUGCGCUGGUUGGGUACUCUUUCCUUUGGCUUCAUAAUGAUUGUAUGGUUGUCUGAGGGACCAAAUUGUGGUAAAGUCUCAAGAAUCGAAAAUUGAUCGCUUAUGUGGUUAAGAUUACGUCGAGCGUUGCUUGGCCUCUUGUUGGAAAUUUCACAAGCUAUUUUAACUUAAAAUGGUUCGACAAACGGUUUGCGCCCGAGUGGUUGAAGUCACCUAUGACGAUUAUCCCACAAUUGUUCAACUUAGGUCCUGCUGCAAACAAGUUGUCGAACAGAUCAGCUGUCAAUUAAAUUCUGCUCGACUAAUUCGACCUUGAUAAUAUACGACUGCCAAAAGUACGCAUAUAAAACCCGCGAGGGGAUCUUUAUACUUGUCUUAAACUUUACGUAAACCACAUAGUCUAUCUUCUUGAGGUCAAAACGGCAGAUCAGUUGAAUUGCCGUUCUGGGUCCUGUCUUAUUUCAAACGUUUCGAAAAGUGGUCUGGAAGAAAGGUGAGCACCAACUUCAUGGAACGUAUAUAGAACCUUGCAGCCAUAAUACAACUGAAAAAACGGUAAUCUCCAAAGUUAAAAAAGUAGGUCAAUUUUGCCUGUUGUUACGACGUCGUAGACACCGGAAAAUUUGCAGCUAGCUUUACCUUCCGUAAUAAAAAAAAUGGAAUCAUCUGGGUUUCUUUUUCUUUUCUUUUUUUUUUCCAGAUUGCGAGACACCCUGCUCAUACAGUAGUUCCAUUGGAUUUUGGGGAGCUGAAAACAAUUGUGACUGCUCUAACAAGAGUAAAGCCUUUGAUUUUGAAUUUCUGAAAUGCAUUCCAACGACCACUUCAAAUCUGUAAGUGACAAUUACAAUGGUUCCCAAUUACAAGCGCCCUCGACAGGUUUUUCUGUUAGUGUCCUGAGCUCGUGAAUAGUUUUUGUAAUUUUUGGCUAUAAGUAGUCAGAAUGGCGUAAUUGUUUCCAUACAAGAAGUCGCAAUGGAAAGACAUGCGUCACAUUUGCGUCAUAUGUUUGUCAAAUGCGAGGAAUGUGACAUACAUUAACGGUCGCAGUUCUUUUGGUGGAUUCAUGGACUUCACUGUUGUGAGUUCAUGGCGUUAUAUGUGUCCUUUCAGGGCCAAUUUCCUCUACAGAAGCCCCCAUGCUGUCAUCAUUAAGCUGGAAUGUGGGUAAAAGCAAGCCUCUGAAAGAACACAGAGGUGAGAGGUGGUUUCGCGCUAAGACGCCAAAAAUGCUUCGUAGCAGACAUGGCGCUAAGCUAGUGAAAUCAAAAUUCGCUGAGGCAAAAGGUAUGAUUGAAAUGCAAAAGCAACCACGGUUAAUUUGAUUUUAAAAAAAUUCUUUCAAUCUUGUUACCCACAAUUAUCGUGGUUAUUCUUGCUAGUCAGCAAUUCAAAGAAAACAAUACUACUAGGAGGAGGCACUUUAGGGAUGCCAUGUAUUAGUCCAUGAGCUAGACCCCAAAAUUUUGGUCACCAGUACCAUAUGAGGGGGAAAACUCUCAGAGUAGUUUUUGGCAAGGUAUACAUCCCUAAAGUUGGAAAAUGUGUGACAGCAUUUCUCCAGUUGUAUCUUUUUAUUAAUUUCGCCCUCUUUUACAUGUUGGCCUAUAUAAGGCACCUUAUUAGCGUAAUAACUAGUUUUUGAUGUUACCCAGGCAAUUUCAGCGAUUUUAGUGAAACCAAAUUCGUCUCAAUAAUGAACUAAUCAGAUGGUUGAACUUCAGGUAAAUCGUUAAUGUUUACCCCCUGUAAGUUUUGACAAUAAUACAUUUUUCUCUGAUCUAUAAUAAUUAUUUGUAACUUACUACUUAAUAAAAAUUGCUCCAUAUAUGCAAAUAGAUAUUUCUGUCAUACGAAAGUAAACUAUUUCACUAAUUGGGAAGUGUCCCUUCUCAGUUUCAGAAAAUACUAGAAAUUUUGUUUUGAAUGGCAGUUAACAAAGUUGUUUUGCAGUACCAUCUUUAGAGGGUCUGUAAAAAUGAGAUCUUAAAAUUUUGUUUGGUGCAAAAGGAAAGUCUAAUAAUUGAAUUGCUGUGAAGGUACUGUUUUAUGAUUACAGUUAUGUGUUGCAUAUUGUAAUACACAAAUCGGUUAGAAAAAAUCUCGUUUCUUUAGAAUGGAGAGCAAAGGCAAGGACUCUUCUAAAGAACAGUGUCUCAUACACAAAAAGAGGGUAUCAAUCAUUUAGUCAUUCCUCAAAGCUAUGACUCCUGGCCAACGUUACUUGAAGCAGCCAAAGUUAGAGACCAUUCUCCUAUUCUUGAAAUCGCUAAACAGCUUAAAGAGAAUGAAGUCCGAAAGAUAUUUUAUCACCGAGGACGUAGAAUUCUCUUCAAGAUGUAGAGAGAUCUGGAGACUCUAAAACAUAAAGCAGAUGUUACUGACAAGGUUUGGUGACUGAGUAUAGCUUACAGCUGUUUUCAAUGAAGCCUAGAGGUUUUGCUCUUGUUUCUAGCUGUUUCUAAGGUUUUGUCAUUUUGGCAUUAUACAUACUAUUUUAUGGGGAUGUAAACUAAAGCUACCACAAAAUAAGAACUAAAAGAAAAAACAAUAAUCGAUUUAUUUCGAAACAUAGUACGGAUGACUUACACAACCCUUAUUUUCCUAAAAGUGUUUUGAAAACGAACGAACAUUGUAAAUGUGAGGGGUAAAAACAGUAAAGUACGAAUAAACCAUAGGUUUAUAAUUAAUAUAAGGGUCAAUUAUUGUGCAUUGACAUGAAUCGCUUGAAAAGAGAUUUCAUGCACAUGACAUCAGAAUUAAAGAACAAGGGCACAUAGUGCGUUUAAAGUGCUUUUCGUUCAGUCUUUUAACAUCCAAGGACUAUCUGUGAAUAGUGUUUCGAUAUUGUUUAGCUGGCACAAAACUUCAGAGGAGUUCUAAAGCGGUAUAAUUGCCUGCCCUGAAGAAAAGUUGGUCGAGUAUGAGACAAACAGUGAACUAGAGGGAAUUUUCAACUCAUAUUAGUAUCACGGCAAAAAAUGUGUUAUCGAUCAUUUAAUUCUAUUUACAUCAUUUAAAGUGUGUGCCGAUGAAAACAGCAUGAGAGUGAGAAAUCUUAAAACUUUCUUAGAUCACAAAAAUCAAAGGAUUACAUUCCUUUAAGUUAGGGUUGAUUUCCACUGUCGCGUAAUUUUUACGUGGCUGCGCACGUGCGUAAAAUUUACGUUCGCAAAUAAAAUAGAGGCAAUGGAUGAAAGGUCGCACGAAAGCGUAAAAGUAGAACCUCUCUCAACUUCAUGUUUAAUCUCAACGCUUUAUAUCUUGCCUCUAUUUUAUUUACGUGGUUAAAAUUUACGUGCGUUAACAUGCGUAGCCGAAAACGCGUCACUGGAAAUCAACCUUUAAAGCAACAUACCAUGGGAAAAAUCUUAAAACUGAAUAUUUUUAUCUUGUGGAAAUAGAAUUAUGCGGUUUCAUGUAGACUGUAGACCGCAAGUUAGGAUCGUCUAUUUUUAUCUCCGUGCGAUCAAUGGGCAGUUGGCUGUCUUCUUCUUUCAUGCAAAAUGCAAUAUUUCUCGCUAAUGUGAGCAGUUCAGUGAAUUCGCCUUUUGGAAUCAGCUUUAACGUCUUCCAUUUUUUGUCGAACAAAUAAAUUGUUUCAACCACUCGCUUUGCAUACGUAGCGCCAAACAAUGCGUAAAUCAGGUUUAUAAUCAUGCAAGUCCUGAAAAACCGGUUAAAAGAUAUUAUAUAAAAAACCGUUUUGGACCAACACUAACUGAAACUGGUCCCAAUAUUCCUUUCUGAGUACAAGAAAUAAGUCAAAGAAGCAAAACCCAGAAGAAGGAGGAGUUUUCGAAAAUGGCGCCUUUGCCUUUUCGAAACGCUAUUUCUUAAAGCUGGUUUUUUUUGGAUAUUGAAGCCUUAAAAUGGUUUCUGUUAGUGCAGAAUAGUGCAGUUGCAACAGGUGAGUGAAAUUUAUAUGAAGUUGAAAAAUAACGCGUGUAAGAAAGGAAAAUGUUUCAUUUGUUAUACUAUUUGAAAACCCUAAGCCAUAUAGACUUCAUGUGUUUCUCUCGGUUUUCAACUGUUUUGAAUUCUUUAGAUUUCCGUCACUAGAGAUGCGCAGGCUUUCACUAUUUCAUCACGUUCGCAACGAGCCAUGUCAAGAAAUGCUUGUUUACGAAAGUAAAAAUAUCGUUUUCUGUCGUUUUGCCAAUUUCGAAGACAGGUUUUUGUACCAAAUUGCUUUCCCCCACAACCCCACACCCCCUCCCAGCAGUGGCGAUGCACGUUAUAAUUCCUUGGCCCCCUACCGUGUACUUGAAAUCUACUCGUAAAAGCUGAACCCUUGGAAUAUCCUCCACUGGUGCUUGGUAACAAAGAUUGUACAGAUUUUGUCAACAUGAAUUUCAAGGUCAUGAUGUAAGUGCAUGAGUGCAAAAUCCUGACAACCACUCAUCAGACAUCCUGUUUCUGAGAUAUGACUUGAUUAGUCGCAAGCCAGAGAAUGAACGAUAAAAGCUCAGCUCCGGCAAAACUAACAGGAAGGGUACAACCAAUUCCAAGCAAAAUUCCUAUGUUGGGAUUUAUAUCGUCCUCAGCAUAUUUUACUACCCGAUAAGAUUUCCUGGUAGCUGCAAAGUGGGUGUGUACUGUUUCCAUAAAAGUUGCCUUUCCUUUAACUCAAAAAGAAGAGAGAACGGUGUAGGCAAGUCCUGUUGCCAAAAUUGCAGCUCUUCUGCUAAAUUUCAAGGACUGUCAUGCUUCACCACGACAGAUGGAACCAGGGCACUAAAAAACAGAUACAUUUUGGAAUAUCCCUGGAAUUUACUUUGGUGGCAAAAUAAAACGCGCGUUUUAUUAAAAAAUAUCUCAGUUAAAAAGUGAUAUACGAUCCUAUAAAUGCAAGAAUUUCAAACUCAAACAAGCGCCAGGUCUGAUAGGGAGAGUCCGCACUCCCGGACCCUCCCCCUAGAUCCUCCACUGCGGGAAUGAUUGCUCGUGACGUCACGAUGGUCAAGCUCUUCAAGCUAUUGUUCAACCGACCUCCCUUUUCUCAUUCGCCAUUUUGUUGCUAAAUGAACCUCAGUGACUCUCCCACGUUUUUGCUUGCAAUCUAGGCCUUACCACUGACCUUUCAAUGCUAUGGUCGACUCUUUAUUUCAAGGGUCCCACGUUCCCGUCUGUAACAUAAGAUUUUGCUUUAAUCAAAAAUUGGCUGUUUUUUUCCUUGACUUCCAGUUUGGCAUGACCCCUUACAUGGCACUUCCAGUGUGUGAUGACGUCAUGUUGCUUUCUAAAUGGUCAAUUGAUCGUGAGGUCCAAUUGUCUCCCUAAAGUGCCUCCUCCUAGUAGUAAUAAUAAUUAAAGAAAAACAAUACAAAUUUCAAAGGAAAAUAAUAAUAGUAAUCGUAUAACAAUUACGAAAGUAAAAGAAAACUUAAUCUGUUCAUGUUGUACUUCAGCAGCAUAAUUAAAACUAUAUAAAACUGUUCUAGUGAGGCCUUGAACUGCUGUUUAAAAAGUAAAAGCUAAAAUCCAAGCUUUUGCCGAUCAACGGCAUCAUCAGGGAUGAGAAAAUAUUCCGCGGGCGCUAUAUAUAUGCAAAGAAAGGGUAGGGUGAAAUGUGUAAAAGAUGCGACGUAUGUAUGAAAGCUAUAGAAAUAAACUGUGAGUAGAAUACAAAGCUCUAAUGAUGGAGUGUCUCUAGACAAAGAACCUGUAAUGCGCUUAAGAAUGGUCUCUCAAAUAAAAUACUAAAAUAAAAGGUCUACGAAUUCAGUACAUUCUUCUCGGGAAUUGAGUGUAGGCUUGCACUUACACUUUCUUUCUUUCUGUAAAAUGCUUCAUACAGACUUAGAUUAUCGGGGUCGUUUUCGCUCAUAAUAAUCUUGACAUCAAUGUAAUACAUUUGAGGAGCACCUGUCCUCAAUGCGUUUUCGCUCGUUGCGAAUGAAGUUGAGUUUGGAUUUGGUGGGGAGAGCUGAUUGAUGCAUGGUGGAUAAAUAGUGGUUUCUUGGCUGGCUUUUCGUAAAAUUCAAAAGAGCUGUUGCCAUCCUUAGAUAUAGUGACUUUGAAAUCGAGUAAUGACAAUGACAGGCCACUCGGUGUUGUUUCUCUGAUCCGAUUUUCGACAGCUCGUUGUUAAGUUUGGGGGUAGUUAUCUCAGCAACUGGUGAAAACGAGCUGUUUGCGAGAUAAAAUCAAAAUGGCUGUUGCAUUCAGCAUUUCUCGCACCUGAAGCAGGGAUUCCUGGGCCGACUUGAACUGCCGAGGUGUUUCCUACCGAUGCAUUCGUUUCUUCAUCUUCUCCAGACGUUUUGACGGCCUCCAAAAGUCGCUUUGACAUGACUGUUUUCGAACCUCUGUCAUCAAGCCGCGUUAUAGUUAAGAAAGCUCUGUCUUUAGUUCAGAUACACUCAAUUUACACUUUAAAAAAAGGCCAUUUUGAGUCUCUGUCCGCCAAAACUGUUAUUCUUUCUUUUCUAGAAAAUAAAAGGCUUUUGCAAGAAAACAGUUUACAUCAGAUUAAUCGUAUCAUUUACCUAAAAGCUACCUAUGGAACAAAAAAAAUGAAACAAAAUCGUUUUUUCAACUCUUGCCACUCAAUACUCAAAAUUUCCUGACCGUCGCUCUUAAACUGUUUGGCACAAUAAUCUAAAUCUAGCGGCUUGAAGUGAGUGGCGUUUUUUACGCCAUGUCUUGUAAAUAUUAAUGCCUAGUUAUCUGCACCAUUUCUUGUGAAACAGAUUGCUAUAAAGGAGAACACACUGCAACACGCAGCUGAUUGCUCAGAUUUCUAUUUUUAGUUGUAUUUCGGGCUACUUGAGAGUACAGCUUCCCCACUAUUCUUUUGUCCGGAUUUCAGGCCGUAAUUAUUAGAUAUCUCAAAUAUGCAACGUAACACUGAUGCGUUUUCAUGGAAACGAGGUAGAGACAAGAGUUAGAAAUUGAAAAAAGUCUCUCUUGCAAACCAGCCUUCCUUUUUUUUUUCAAAGAUGGUUUGAAGAGUCAAUUUAUAGCUUUGUCUGACCAUAUAGAAUAAUUCUGUGGAACAAAAUUUAAAAAACUAUUACAAAUAGUCAUUUGGGGUACAUAACCUCUCUUUUGUAAUAAAAACUGUUAACGUUAUAAUAAUGAAUUAUGCCAGUUAAGCCACCGAGGUAUGUGACGACUUUUGCUUACACUGAAGAAAGAUUAUACACCCGAAACACCUAUUUUGCCGAUCAUUUCUAGAAACAAUCACAGGAAAAUAUGUUUUGUAGCAAUAUCUUGAAUUUUUCUUUUUAAUUUUUUUACAGGAAUCUUAGUUCCAACAACAUUGUGGAUCUUCACGUAGGGAUAUUCUCCAACCUGACAAAUUUGAGGCACCUGUAA